AUGGUGAAAAUGAAGAAAGGAAUCAUUUUCCUUCUUAUCAUUGCUUUUUCACUUUGUUCAAAGGCGACAACUCCAGGAAUUACGUUAGUAACAACAGCCUUUUUCACAUUAACUCAGACAAUAGUAGCAAGAACAGUUCCUUCAACAACAAUGACAGCGUUGUCAACCGAAAAUGAGAAAAAAUUCCCUCCUCAACAACUUCUCACACAAAAGCAACUUGUCGAACAAAUAGGAAAAGAACAGUCUCUUCUCGAGAAACUCCUGAAAGAACAAAACCCUGCACCUCAUCAACUUCAACUUCAACAGCUACUCGAACAACUACAAAAAAACCAUUCACACUUUCCCGAUCGUCUUCAACGGCAGCAGGAAUUUAGUAAGAAACUUGAACAUCAGUAUGGCUGUGAAAAUAUACAACAACUUCUUCAUAAACAGCAGAUUAUCCUUCAACAACUUCAAUAUCAUCAACCAUUUCUGAAUCAACUUCAAGAACAACAACGAAUUAUUCUUCAGCAACUUUCUCAGCGACAACAAACUGUCCAAACUCUAUUGCAACAACUAUCAGACCAGCAAAAAUUACUUCAAGAACAACAACCUAUUCUUCAACAAUUUUUGCAGCAGCAAUUGCAUUCUCCAAAACAAACAAUGCAGCCAUUAACUUUGCUUGAACAUGCGCUUAACCUUCAAAAACAAAUGAAACAAAAUCACGAGCAGUCUCGACAUCAAAAUCAAAGUAAUUAUCAACAUCAAAUUCAACAGCAAGAACAACAUCUUCAACUGCUUCAACAGCACGGUGAUGUAUUUGCAAAACUUCAACAACAGGGACAACAACUCUUUCGACAGCUUCAACAUAAAGUGCUACUGAUUCAAUUACUACAACAGCCGCCUUAUUAUCAAAAAUUACUUCAAAAACAACAAUCUCUUCUUCAAAAACUUCUGCAGCUACAACAACUUCUUCAGCAAUUCCAACAACAACAACCAUUUAUUCAGCAGCUCCUCCAGCAACAACAACUUCUAGUACAACUUGUGGAGCAACAACAACAACUUGUUGUACAAAUGCUUCUAAAACCUCAGCAAAUACCUAAUCUUCUUCAACAACUUCUCCAGCUACAAGUCCAAUUCCAACAACUUAUGCAACAACAACAACAACUUCUUCAACAACUCCUGCAGAAACAACCUUCACUUCAGCAGCUUCUCCAACAACAACAGUCUAUGUUUGAAGAACUUCUGAAAAGCAAGCAAAGUCUUCUCCAAACUUUAAAACAACAAUUGGACUAUUUGGUCCAGUUCCAAAAAUAA